UUUUUCCCGACAUUAUGCACGAUAAAUCUUACCGAAUCGAUCGACAAUUAUGUUAUCGAAGUGUUCUGAAUCGGCCUGUUGAAUAGAUAAUGCACUAUUGAUUAGUGUAUGUAUACCUGAUACACUAUCACCACCUAUCAGUAUCACCUAAUAUCACCAGUUGUGCAUUCAGCACUGAGUACAUUGGUAUACGCAUUCAGUAUCAACAUGACAAUAACUAAUAGGGCUAUUAUUUUUACGUUAUUCGUGUUAGCGUUCCCUGUAUUCAGAUGUGCACGGAUAUUAGUAUACGUGGCUACACCAUCAAUAAGCCACCAAGUGGUUUUUCGUCCCCUUACACAAGCAUUGGCUGCACGCGGCCAUGAAGUCACCGUUGUCACUCCUAAUCCAGCAUUUUCAAAAUUUAACGCUCCAGCAAAUCUGACAGAAAUCGAUGUCCAUGACGUAUCAUACCAAAAUUGGGAAGAAAUAUUUAUCUACCACAGAGGGGUCAAAGAAGAUUUCGUGCAGGAAGUGAUAUUGAUGUUCAAAAAAUUUGCACUUAUCUUCGAUGCACAACUAGCAACACCCGGUGUACAGGAGAUUUUAAGCAAAGACAAAAGCUAUUUCGAUGUAAUGCUGCUCGAAUCCUGUAAUCGCCCGCUCCUGGGGCUAGUUGAAAAAUUUGAGGCACCGGUUAUAUUAAUUAGCUCUCUGGGAGCAGUUCCAGCUCAAUAUGCUGCGUUAGGUGCACCUGUGCAUCCGCUGUUGUAUCCAUCACCCGGACGACAAAAAUUAUAUAAUUUAUCUCUACUUGAAAAGGGGAUAGAGAUUUUUAACAAUGUCGUGUUAGAUUACUUGAUUUCAAGUGCUGAAGAUUUUGAUCUAAGUAUAAUUAGGAAGAAUUUUGGUGACAAUGUUCCCGGUUUUGAAAUAUUAGCUAAGAGAAUUGUCAUGAUGUUUCUUAAUGAACAUCCGAUUUGGGCAGAUAAUCGUCCCGUUCCUCCAAACAUUAUUUAUAUCGGCGGCAUACAUCAACCACAGGAAAAAGAUCUUCCCAAGGACCUUGAGGACUAUUUAAAUUCUUCGAAGCACGGCGUUAUAUAUGUUAGCUUCGGCACCAAUGUUUUGCCAUCUCAGCUUCCUCCAGAAAAAAUUGAAAUUAUGACAAAAGUUUUCUCUCAACUGCCUUAUGAUAUUUUAUGGAAAUAUGAUAAAGAUUUUCUCCCAGGCCAGUCAAAGAACAUAAAAUUAUCUAAUUGGUUGCCUCAAUCAGAUCUUCUAAAACAUCCCAAAGUCAAAUUAUUUAUAACCCAAGGAGGUUUGCAAUCAACGGACGAAGCUAUUAAUGCUGCUGUACCUGUAAUUGGUAUUCCAAUGUCAGGUGACCAAUGGUAUAAUAUCCAGAAGUAUGUCCAUCACGGGAUAGGCUUGCAACUAGAUAUAAUGACACUGACCGAGAAAGAAUUCAAGGAAACGGUCAACAGAGUAAUUCUGGAUAAGAGUUUCAAGAACAACAUGAUAAGACUAAGGGCAGUCAUGAGAGAACGCCCGAUAAAACCUUUGGACCAUGCAGUGUGGUGGACGGAGCAUAUCAUUAAGUAUGGUGGAAGUCACCUAAGGGCACCAGCGGCUCACAUGUCCUGGUUCGAAUACUAUGAAGUUAAACUGGUACUAAUAGUGAUGAGCAUUCUAAUAACAAUCAUAACAGCACUGUUUUGGACCGUGAAAUCAGUUUUUAAAUUCAUAUUCAAUUUGUAUAAAAUUAACAUCAAAUUAAAGGAACAUUAGAACUCUGUGAUCAAACUUGCAUUAUGGUAGUAAUAGUGCAUGCUUUGGAAAUACUCGUAUGUCGGGCGUCAGCAAUUAACUCUUCUAUGUGCACUAUAGUUCAUAAAAGUUUACUGUUGCAAAAAUUAUUUAUCUGUCUGUCUGUGAAAAUGAAACUUG